UAAACCACACGCAUUUGGAGUAAAAAUCAAUUUAGACACGUUUGUCGGUUUUCAAUUUCUAGGUUAAGCAAGAAUUAAAACUUUUAUAUUAUUCAUCAACGAUUUGAAAGUUGAGGCGAACGAAGUUACAAACGAAUAAAUCAUGCGAAUUAAAAUGAAUCCAAAAACUGCACACAAAUCGUCCCUCUUGGAAUCAGAAAUGGAUAAUUAUCUUAAUAAUGGAAAUUUUGAAUAUGGAAAGGAGAAACUGAAAAGAAAAAACGGAGAAACAAAUUCAGAAGUUAUCAACAAUACUCUUGACAAUCUGGAAACUCCCAUCAAAAGAAAGAAAAAAAAGAUGAAAAGCAAAUCUAACGGCGAUACUUCGAGGGUUCCUAAUGAAAGUAUUUUUCCGGCAACUUUAACAGUAGAAAAGAAAAAGAAGAAGAAGGUCAACGAGAUGAGUGGAGCUGCAAUACCCCCAACGGAUAAUAAUUCACCAAAUGAACCAGAGCCAAUCAGAAAACACUCUGAGAACGAUGGAAAAUUGAGUGAAGAACAGGAAACUCUCGCAUCAAAUCUCUCUUCCAAAAGAGUGAUGGGAAUUUCAGCAAACUAUUUGAGGUCUAGUUUGAAGACAGCUUCGGGUCUAGGCAUGCUGCGGAAAUUCGUGACAAUAUGCACUGAGAAUACCGAACGUGAUUUAGCAUCAGAAUAUAUAGAAAAAUCAGGACAUGUUUUCGAAAUUCUUCAGUUGUUAGAAGAAUGUGACAAAGAUUUGAAUAAGGCAGCAUUAGUGUUCUCUGGCAUGCACAUUGUCAUUAUGAAGAUCUUGGAGAAGUAUCCCCAGCAAAUUGCGGCAGCUCAGGAGGCUUGCCACCAUUUGAUAAACGUACACUUAUCAACAGUUCACGCGAUGAUGUCCAAUCAAAGUAAUCCUAAGCAACGAAAGAUCGUUCUACGUUUGCUUGCGUCAAUCGUGUCCUUGGGAGACACGCUACCCCGAGAAUUACUAGCUCACCUUUCAUUUCACCAAGAGACAUUAACUCUAAUGUCCAAACAAACGAAGCCAACAGAUCCCCAGAGUGUCAGAACAUGUUUCAUUCAUUUUAUUCUCUCAUUUUUAGUGAAUGCGAGGGCCUCGGUCAUCAGAGCACUUUUGGAUAAACGUGGAUUACUCACGAGUAUUUUCCCGGAGCUUAUUUAUGACUCUCAUUCCACUGUGCUCCUCGUGUUAAAUACAAUCAAAACUUACGUACUUGAAAACAAUAUUGUUAGUAAAACAUUAAAACUCCAGGUGUUCUCAACACCCGUUGUUCACAAUUUGGUGUCUUUGUACAAUUGGAAAGGCCCCAGUAACUGGCCUGGAUUUGAGAAUAACAAACGAAACGGUUUCACUGAAUGUGUCGAUCUCGAAGAGAAGGCUAUUACCAUUGAAGCAGUCCACGAUUUUUUAAUAGUGCUUCUGACAUCAAAUCGCCAUGGAAUCAUUUUCAAUGAUAAGACUCUAGGGACAACUAGAAAGAAACAUAAUCAGCUGGUAAGUACCAUUCUCCAGAGCUUAGAACAUCCCUGGGAACAUGAAAAACCUGGUGAUUUGGUUUCUAAAAUUUUGGUUGCUUGUCCUGAUCUUAUAAAGCCUCAAUUGGCGUACAUUGAACCUUUCUUGGUGCCCAGACCGUCGAAAAAGUGGAUUGCCGUCAUGGACUUCGUCAAGAGAGUUCUUUCAGCUGUUGCACUUGAAAAGUUUCUCAAGUAUUCUCUCUCAGAAUUAACGUCUCAACAGUUAAUCACUGCAACAUUAACAUUAACUAUGCCUUUGAUUGUAUUGAAAAAUGCUGUUAUACCUUCCCUCAACUCUUCGAGUAUUAUUUUAUGCUACGAAGCUGUGACAACUCUCACAGUUAUGCUGAACCAAGUGAGAAAAUUCUUGGAAGUUGCUGAAAGACACGUAAGUGUUUCUGAAUAUUCAAAUUUACAUUCUCAUGUAAUAGAUUAUGCCUCGAAGAAGAUACCCUCAGUGGAAGAUGUUUUAAGAGCUUGGAAACAUGCCGAUAAACCCAGCGAAAGCCUCGAAGCCGUAAAUCUAGAAGAGAUUCAAUUCACACCACCGAAAUCUAAAUAUUUUUCAUCAGUUUUAGAUUUAAUUCAGAAUUAUCAUCAGGUUCUCCCUGAAUGUAUGCGUUCGAAAAGUCUUAGUGAUUUGACAGAGGAUUCUCAAUUAUUACUGACAUCAAUAAACGACCUUAGAGACGUUAAUGAAGAGGAAUUGAACUCCAUGAAGUUAAAAGCAAUUCAAAUAAUUCAAGUUUUCAAUCCCAAGAUUUUUAAAACCGACGAAGAAUUCCUUGGAAACAUUCUUUUAUUUUUGAUUUCACUACUGGAGAAUCCUUCUGGAAAUUUGAAGUCUAAGGGAAUAGAGACGACGAAAGUGUUGUUGAAUGAGUUAAAUAUAUUCAAGAACUGUGAGGAUCAAAUGAAUAUCUGGCUGAAUAGUUUAAAAUUGCUCAAGAAUUCCCGAGAGAGAGCUGAAGUCGCUCAGUGGCUAGUGAAAAUCAUCUCGAAAGCAGUUAAGCGCCCUGCGAAGUAUCAGAAGAUUAUAGAGGAAGUAGAAAAGGCUGAAGAAUUUUUAACAAGUGAAGAUGACAUGAAUAAACUGAUGCAACCAACAACGAAUAUUCCAUUAAUUUUAUGUGCAUGUUACGAAAGUUUGAAAGAAAAAUGGAACGAAACAGCAGGAAGAUUUGUCGGUUUCAUUACAAUAUUAACAUUGCACUGUCAAGUAUCACCGAAUGCUUUGAUUUAUCUCAGUGAGGGUAUUCAAGGGGAACAAGUUGAGUAUUUGAAAAGUUGGAAAGAGGGGGAAACUCCAAUACCACUAAAGAAGAUGUUAUCGACAAGCAUUGUUGGAAAAUUUAGCAAAAUUUUACUUGCCAGUGACGAAAUUACAUUUGACAGAAUACUAAAUGAUAAAGAUGGCUUACAUUCGAAUUAUGAAAUUCUGCAUCUUCUUAAAAUGACUGUCUUCUAUCUGACUCAGUGUAUUCAAAGGAGAAAACUAACUCAGGAGCAGUUCAAUCGAUAUAAAUACGUGAUAAUUGCACUUUUGGAUUUUUAUAAAAAAACUGAUUGGACUUCUUGUGAUUCAAAUUAUGUGCUUGAAUGUUCCAGACAUAUCUUAACGCAUCCAACAAUUCUUCAUUCUUUUAAUCCAAUUCCAAAAACAAAGUUUCCGACAGAGAGAAUUGUGACUACUGGUCUCGUCGAAAUUUUUGACAAAAUCAUUGACGUUAAUUAUAAAUCGAACGUUCCCGAUUUAUUCCUCUCGUUCAAGAAUAAAUUAAUGUCACAUUUGGAAGCAGUUUUGAGGAAAUGUGCAGGUGGUUGGACACUAAAAACCACGCACUGUCUAGUGAAAUUCAUUGAAAUUCUUCAAUUAACAUCCUUUGAUCUCCUAACACUUUUCAAGAGCCUGACAAGUUUACCAAAAGCAAGUUUCUUAAGUGAAGACAAAAAGGUCUUAUCGAUUUGGGGAGAAAUGGUUCCGAAAUUGCUUGAGUUAUUAUCGGAACGACAAAAAUUGGAAAUUCUCAUGGAAUUUCCGGAAGAAACUCAAUUGGUCCACAAGUUAUUUAUUUACUUUACACAUCUGAAAUACACAGGGAUAAAUCUAGAGAGUUGGGAAAAUUCUCUACAUAAAUUUCUUAAGGCUUUCCCUCAUUAUAUUGCAAUAGUUGACCCAAAAACCUUCAAUUCCUUACUGGAAAAUGAAUUUGAUGAAUCAACAAUUCCACUGAUAUCUUUCCUCACGGCGAGAAAUCCAAAAUUGAUUCCACUAUUCACUAAAUACAUUUCAACCGAAAAAUCUCGAAUUCGAUGUUGUGAACUGAUUUUCAGUGUUUUAUCAAGCAAUUUAUCUUACAAAUGGAACUCGGAAUUUCUGUUCAAAAUUUGCAAGCAAUAUGAACAGAAUAUUAUCAACUACUUUUUAUUUUAUGAGGAAACUCUAGACUGGAUCAAUCAAAAUGUAGAUUCAGUCGCAUAUUUAAUAGACUCUUGCUUCAGCCUCGAAAUAUGUGAGAGAAUCACCACGAAAGUGUUGUCCAGUGGAGACAAAUUGGAAACUGUCGACUUUAACUACGCGAAACUUCUUCAACAUAUUUUCACAAGACUCUCACAAUUGCAUCGAAAUCCUCAAGAAAUCCUCUGUCAAGGUCUUCAAGUGUUCAUCCGUUUAAUCGUCUCAUAUUUAAAGAAAAAUGCAAAAGACUCAAAUGAAAUCGAAAUUCUCUGCAUAUACAUGUUCCAAACAAUCACGAGACUCAAAUCGAUCAAUAAAGACUUCAUCUUCGAAGACCUAUCCAAAAGUUACUCGUGGUCCCAGUUCACAAGGUUCUCUUUAAGAUCAGGACUAAAGAAUUCGAAAAACGAUUCAACAAAAAAUCACUCGCUGCUGAAGACUUUAUCACAAGUCUGUGACAUUGCAUACAAAGACAAAAGUGAAACCGAAUACGUGAAAACGUUAUUCGAGAUGACAACAUCCCAUUCAGAGUUCGUAAACCUCAUGCUUAGUUCUCAGAACAUCAAAAAGGAUUUACUCCAACUCAUCUUCGUUCUUAUAAAGAAAAAUCCAACGAUAAUGAAGUUAUCACAUAUUCCCCUGUACUUAUCAGCUUAUAACGCCACAUUGAAUGAGUUUGAUCAACAAAUUUUGUUGAUUCUUCAAUACUAUGAGAGGUCGGGAAUCAAAUUAACGGAAUAUCAACCGUAUUUGUAUGGAGAAGCUGCAGCCUCUUAUUACAGUCUAAGGGGGAGGGCAGACACUGUAAUUUGGCGACAACCUUCAGUCUCGCAAGUCCUGCAGCUUUUCAACAUCGAUAUCGUUAAGAAUACGAUUACAAAUUUCCCAGUACGAAGGACACUACACCAGGAUGAAUUAUAUGAUAGUGAAAGUGUGUAUGAUCCAGCAUUCUAUUUACCAUUAUUAACGCACUUGUUAGCGGGUAAUAAUGUUAUUGCAUGUCAUAAUGUGACUCGAUCGGGUGCACUAGCUCUGCUAUUCGCUGCCUGCGGAAGCGUCUGUCAGGAGAUUCGUAUGGCCACACUCACAGUCAUAUCCAGGUUCUAUUUUCAUCUGGAAGCUACUAGGUCGAAAGAGAAAUUACUGUGGAUGCGUAUGAUUGAUGCACUUCGAAAUGGCAUCGCGUCACUGGAAUCAUUCACUGAGAUUCGUCUGAAUUGCUUCAUUUCGACAUUUCUCGCAAGGAGUGCCCUGGUUGCAACUGAACCGCUGAAUCCGCUCUACGCUCCUCUGCAGAAUUUUUUUAUGGCUAAACCGGAACUGGAUUUGAGAACAAUUCCAGAAUUUUUAACGUUGUUCAAUAGUUCUGACAUUAAUCAUAAGGUACAGAGGCAUUGGAUUCUGGAGGUGAUUCGAGAUGGAUUAAAGACAGACUUGGAGAUGCAAAUUUCGUCAAAAUGCUUCUUGUUCAGAACACUCUUCUAUGUUCAUGGGAGUAUUCUUGCUGAUCCUUCCACAAAGAUUCUCAUUCUUCAAAUCAUCAACUCAGCUGUGAAAAUUUCAAAAGCUGGAAUUUUCUGUCGUAAUUCUGGACUACUUGUUUGGCUCAGUGAAGUUGCUGAUGGACUGAACGUUCGAGACAUCGAAGGCAUUGAAUUAAUCGUAAAUAUUGUUAAGAAUUUGCCUGAUACACUAUUGAAUUGUAAUGAUAAAGAUAGUCACAUGCAAUUUAUGUUACUGGAUGUUCUAAAAACUCUAAUUCCAAAAUUAUCAAUAACAAUGAAAAUGAGUUCUUACUCAAAAUUACUGAGGUCCCUCAGAGACAUUUUACAAAAUAAAUUAUUAUGUGAAAUGAUCCAUAAGAACCAAAUUCAGCAUUUGAUCGAAGUUUCGAAGAAUAUUAUCGGUGAUGUCGAAGAAUGUACAGAGAUUUUAGGCCAUGAAUGUGAGUUUAUAACGAAAAAGGAGGUAACAGAGUGCAACAAUGAAGUUUGUUCAGCCAAAGUGAAUCUGAGAAAUAUUGUAAUUACUUGGAGAAAUCAGGUCGCCAAUGUUUAGUUGAAAAAUCAUUGUAAAUAAAAGGUUAGAUGUACAUGAAUUGAUGUUUGUACGUACGUACCUAAUAAAAACUUUUAAUAGUU